AUGAGGUUCUCCAGCCGUCGCUUGGCGUGCCUCGCGCUGUUGGCGAUCAGCUUGUUGAGCGCAGCCAAAUGCCAGGACGAGGAUUUACUUGCGGCAGACGGCCAGGAAGCGGCAGCGAGAUUGACACGCAAACUCUUGAGCUCGCAUCGGGAAGACCUUGCGUGCCACUGCUCCCACGAGGCCCACUUGUCCGGCGACUGCCCGUGCCACCCGGACACCACCUGGCUGAAGAAUGGCGUGUGCCCUAAAUGCCCCGUGUACGCCUGUGGCGACUGCGUCCCGCUCAAGUGCGACGAGUGCAAGAGGUGCUGCGACGGCACUGUCCUGUCGGACGACAGGAAGACUUGCUCCUGCCCGUCCUGUGACAUCGCUGGAUGCCUGGAGUGCGACGCCGCGGACUGCUCCAAGUGCCUGGUGUGCGGCCAGGGCUACAGGCUGUCGGUGGACAGGAAGUGUGACUGGAAGGUCUGCCCGGUGCCCAACUGCGAGAAGUGUGACGUGCUCAACCGAUACAAGUGCGAGGUCUGCGAACCGCCGCUGGUCCUCACCAGCGACGGCAAGUCCUGCGAGUGUCCCGAGUGCGCGAUAUACGGCUGCGCCAAGUGUGAUCCCCAGAAGUGUGACGAGUGCCUGGAAUGCGCGGGCAACCUGGUGCCGUCCUACGACAAGAAGAGCUGCCCGAAGGAUGGCUGCGAGUGCAAGAUCCCACACUGCUUCGAGUGCGAGGAGGACUGCGAAACCUGCAGGAUUUGCGAAAUUGACUACGAACUCGUGGAGUACAACACCAAGUGCAAGGCCAGAGCGUGCGAGGUGGAAAACUGCGCGGAGUGCUGCCCCUACAGCGCCGACACGUGCAGAAAGUGCCUGCCUCCCUACGUCUUGAAGAACUAUCCAGAAGGGGCCAGGAAUGGCCUGAGCAUGAGCCCCCCGACCUACGUCUUUGGGGACCCCUGCACGGGCUCCCUGCCCGCAGACGAGUGCGUGUGCGACCCUGCGCUGUGUUCUGUGCCUCAUUGCGGUGCCUGCGACCCCCAAGAUUGCACCCAGGUGUGCGGAAUCUGCGACGUUGGGUACAAGAAAAAGGCGGACGGCAGCUGCGAGGUGGAGACCUGCUACGCCCCUGGAUGCAAGGAGUGCUGCGAGGACGACUACUACCAGUGCUCGGUCUGUCUGGACGGCUACUCGAUAGUGGGGGCGGGGUACGGGGAGUGCGGGGAGUGCGCCUGCGACCCCUGCAACGUGCCCUACUGCAAGACUUGCUCACCGGACAACUGCCAGGGAUGCAUCGAGUGUGAAGAGCCCUACGUUUUGGACUACGAGGGGAACUGCGUCUGCGACAAGUCGCACGCCCCCAUCCCCCACUGUCACACUUACGACCGGUCGGACUGCAAAACGUGUUCCCACUGCGACGAGGACUACGCGUGGAAUGGCACGCACUGCGUGUGUGACAGGUCUGAGGUCGAGCACUGCGCAGAGUACAGCGCCGAGGACUGCAAGGUUUGCACCGUCUGCGACAAGGGGCUGGUGCCCAGCGAGGAUGGCACCAAGUGCAUAUGCGACCCAACCAACUGCAACAUAGAUUACUGCAAGACUUGUGACCCGGCAACCUGCACCGGUUACAGCCCAACCUGCCUGGAGUGCGAAGAGGGGCUUGUGCUCUCCGACGAUGGCCUGACGUGCGAGUGCCCGUACUGCGCGGUGGAUGGGUGCGAACAAUGCUGCCCACCUGAUUGUCAAAGUUGCUGCUCCGGGGGAUGCAAGCCUCCCGCGGUGCUGGGCUACGACCAGACUUGCUCCUGCCCCGACUGCAACCUAGACGACUGCAGCGAGUGCGAUCCAGAAGACUGCGCCAGCCUGUGCAAGGUUUGCGCGGCCCCCAAGGUGCCGGAUGGCUAUGGCGGCUGCGUGUGCCCGCCCGGGGACGUACCCAACUGCGAGGUCUACAACAGCGAGACGUGCCUCUGCGACGAGUGCAAAGUUCGGUUUGAUCUGACAAAGGACGGCGAGAGCUGCGGGUGCAACUGCGAGGCGAAUGUGGGCUGCGCCCACUGCGAUCCGGACACUUGCCUGUGCGAUGAGUGCCAGGAUGACCUGAUCAAGUCCUGCGGGUAUUGCUUCAAAACCCAGUCAGUGCCAGGCUGUGAUUGGAGCUACAUCGAAUCCAGGAACGGCGAGUCCUGCGAAAAGAUUUGCGCCUACAGCAACAAGUUCACGGUCCCCGUCGCCAGCAGCUGCAGCUCCGACCCCGAGGGCCCCUACAAGCCCCCCAGCUACGUCUGCACCGUCGACCUGAAGGGUAAGGAGGCUUUAAGGCCCGGGGAGAACUUGCCCAGCAACGCCACGGGCCACUGCUACGCGGAGUACCACACGGGGCCCGAACCCGAGGAAGGGCAGGAGGCGAAGCGGAAGGGCGGCGCCGCCUUCAACUGCCUGUGCCAGACGCCCGACAAGCCGCUGCGGUGGGUGUCAAAAGACGUCCUGAAAAGGGAGAACCUGAAAGACGUCCUGGAAGGGGAGGACCAGCAAGGUGCCCUGCAAGGGGAGGACAACCGGAUGCACUUCGGGGAGGGAUGCGACAAGAUCUGCGCCAAGGAAAACUUGAAGCCGCUGAGCGUGCAGGGGAACCACAUCUACGGGGACUGCCACAAGAUGUUCCCCUUCUACAUCUGCAGGGUGCACGGCCACGGGUCUGGCUACAACAUCGAUCAGCUGACCCCGCCCCAGGCGCGCGUUUGGAACGGAUUUUGCAUGACGCCCAGAAAGGCGUCGGAGGACUACGACUGCCUCUGCGCCGGGGAGUGCCACUAUCCAGAUUGCGGAGCGGACACGGGCUACACCCAUCCCUAUGCCGAUUUUGGAGAGGCGUUGGCUACGUGA